AUGCCCCCCUCACCUCCGUCCCCGCGUCGCAACUUGAGCAAGAGCAUCACCAGAAACAUCCCGGCCGGAUGCAAGGAAGUCCCCUGGGUCGAGGAGGAGGAUGAUCUUUCGUUCUGGUCUCCCCCAACUUGCUGCCCAUCGGACCACCCCCUCGGCACGAGUUCCAUCUCCACCCACGCCGGCGAGCAGCAGUCCCACGGCGACGCGAGCGCACCUCCUCUUUGUCCACUCACCACGACUGCGCCUCCUCUUUGUCCACUCGCGAGUCCGCCUCCUUCGCCUCAUCGAAAAGCCUUGACAUUGCCCGUUGCCCCUCCUGCGCCUCCCGCGACCCUGGCCCGGGAACCCUCGAGCGCACUCAAGCUCAAGUCGACCGCAUCCUCAUCGAGUGGUCGUCGUUCCUCUCGCGCACGACCCGAACGCCGUUCAACAGGCGAUAGUCGAGGCCGAGGUAGAGAACCUGGAUCCUCGCUCGACCGAAGAAGGGUAACGAGUCGAUCGCCUCCUCGCCGAACCUCGAUGGGCGGCUCACUCAAGAUCAGCAAGUCGAUGCUGUCUGCGACGUGUUCCUUGGGUCGAAGGGAAGAAACACUUUGGCCUAGGCCCUUUGACGAAGCAAGUCCGGAGGAUCCUCGAUCAUCAUCCCCUGUGGUCUCCGACGAAGAGGACGACGAUGAUUCAGAUGAAUACGACGCUCGAUUCGUCGACCUCGCGGUCAUUCGUCGAUCCCUCCCUCGCCAAGGGAGCCAAAGUCCUCACAAACCGACGAGCUCUCUUCAAACCCAUCCGAUGAUAGAUGGCUUAUCAAACGAUCCUCACGCCUCGGCCUCCCCACCUCGUCGGCGACACCGCCGAUUGGAAAAACUGCACUCGGAGCAAUGGUUCCUCUUCGCCGUUGCGGGGGCGAAGGAGCAGCGGACCGGUUUGGGCUAUUGGUCCCAUUUCGACUUCGACCUCUCCUAG